UUUCGGGAGUUCCAGCCCAGGUGCGUCCUAUUUUCUCACCUCUCCUGUGGGUCCCCGGCGUGAUGAUGGGGCUCAGAGAUCAGCCGCUGAAGGUUCUCCCACAAAAGAUUGUCCGCCAGGCCUUUUUUCGUGGGUCCCUGUCUUCCGAGGACCACGACUUUGACCCCGCCGCGGAGACGCUGGCGCAGGGCUACGAUGAGGACCGGGCCCUGGAGGAGGAGGAGGAGGUGAUGGAUGGCAGCAAGGACUUCAGCUCGGAGAUCGAAGACCUGGAGAAGGAGGGAAGCAUGCCGCUGGAGGACCUGCUGGCCUUCUAUGGCUGCGAGCCGGCGCUGCCCGCCACCGCGGACUCCAGCGCGGACAGCUCCCCGAGUGGCCUUGCGGACGAGCUGCCGGACAUGACCCUGGACAAGAUCCCCGGGGAGCCUCCCUCGCCUUUCCACUCUCGGGCAGGGAGAGGAAUCCACAUCUUGGAACCUCUUCCUGAGGAGAUAGCCAAGGACCUCCUGUCCGGGGACGACGACGAGGAGACGCAGUCCUCCGCCGACGACCUGACCCCGUCCGUGACCUCCCACGAGACGUCCGACUUCUUCCCUCGGCCUCUGCGAUCGAACACGGCCUGCGACGGGGACAAGGAGCCCGAGGUGGAGGGCGUCGAGGCGGACGGCGGGGACUCGCCUGAAGACCUGAGGAAGGAGAUCAUGAUCGGCCUGCAGUACCAGGCGGAGAUCCCCCCUUACCUCGGAGCCUACGCCGGGCAGGAGAGAGGGCCCGACCAGGAGGACCAGCUGCUGUGGCGGCCCGGCGCGGUGCUGGAGAGCAGAGUGACGGAGUACCUGGCGGAGGCCGCGCUGAGGACCGGCGGCGAGAAGGCGGCCGCCCGGGGCGCGGCGGGCGCGCUCACGCGGGACAACGAGCAGGCGUUGUAUGAACUUCUCAAGUGUAACCACAACGUCAAGGAGGCCAUCGAGAGGUACUGCUGCAACGGAAAGGCGUCUCAAGACGGGAUGACCGCGUGGACGGAAGAAGAAUGCCGCAGCUUCGAGCACGCGCUCAUGCUUUUUGGGAAGGACUUUUACCUGAUACAGAAGAACAAGGUGAAAACGCGGACGGUGGCCGAGUGCGUGGCCUUCUACUACAUGUGGAAGAAGUCCGAGCGCUACGACUACUUCGCGCAGCAGACCAGGUUCGGGAAGAAGCGGUACAACCACCACCCGGGCGUCACGGACUACAUGGACCGCCUGGUGGACGAGACCGAAGCUCUGGGCGGGGCGGUCAACUCGCCGGCCUUGACCUCCAGCCGCGCGGAGCCGGUGCCCGAGGCGCCGCUGAACCUCCUCAGCUCCUUCACCGCGGGGGACCUGACAGCUCUGGCGGGCGGCGCGGCGCCCGGCUGCGGCCCCGCCGACGGGAACUGCCUGGACGACGGCUUCCCGGCGCUGGGCAGCGCGCCCCGCGCGCAGGCGAACCACGUGCCGGUGGGCACCGAGGAGCUGCUCGCCCUGCCCAGCAGCGGCGAGGGCGACUGCUUCAACCUGUUCGAGACGGGCUUUUACCCGCCGGAGCUCAACCCCUUGAACCUGUGCGGCGAGGAGUCGGAGCGGCCUGCCAAGCGGUUGAAGGUGGGCAUCGCCGUCCCCGAGCCCUUCCUCAACGAGGUGGCUGUCAGCAACCUGGGCGUGGACUUCGAAAACCACACGCACCACAUCGCCAGCGCCAAGAUGGCCGUGUCCGUGGCCGACUUCGGCAGCCUGGCCGCCGGCGAGACCAACGGCUUCAUCAGCGCGCACGCCCUGCACCCGCACGCCGCCCUGCACUCGGAGUGAGCGGCGCGGGCCGGCGCGCGGACAGGCCGGGUGUGCGUAGUCUUUCACUGGAAGCGUGAGCGCCUUCUCUAUGACAUCAGUGAUGUCAGUUUGCGUACGGACUAUGUCUUGAUUUGUCAAGAGUAUUUCCCCGCUCCGGCCCGCGGAUGGGGACGGGACGCACCGUGAUGGGCGGAGUCGGAGGGGGGCCCCCCCAACUCCGUGGUGCGGCUCUAAGCUCCGCCCCUGCCUCCCCCGGCCCGUCUCCCCGCGCGGUGAGACCUGCGGGCGGGCCGCCGGCCCGGAACCAGCACCGGCGUCUGGACCGCGUGGAGCCGCGCCGGCGUGCCGGCGCCUUUGCCGUAGCGGAUGCAGUGGGGUCACAGUGUUUACAGGGACCGGUCCUGAGCCCCGCUAAAUGUAGCAUUUUUUGGUUUUCUUAAUUCAGCAAAAGCAGGGGUAGGUUUCUCUAAACUGCACAAACAUGCAAGGACUUUUUAAACGGAAACUUCUCUCAUGUUACUCAACUGGAGCGCUUCGGUUUACAGAGCAGCGGGGCCCUCGGGACGCCGCCCGGGCCCGGGGCCGGGGCUGGAGCCCUGGCCCGGCCGCCUCCGCGGAGCUGUCGCCGGGAGAGUGGGACGUGACUUUGUCGGCUGCACAGGUGGCGCUGGAAGGCGCGGUGUCUGAGUGGGGUUUUGUCCACCGGCGUCGAGACUGGAACUGUGGAAGCCGUGCCGGCCGCCGGCCGCCGGUAGUCGAGCCCCUCCGGAGGCCGACGGGCGCCCCUGACACCGCGGCGCGGAGCGUCACCGCCGGGAGGGGCCCCGGGUCUCACGUGUGACCCGGGAGGACCUCGGAGUGAGUUCUGGCGCUUCGUUUGCUGGAACAGUGCGCGAGAAAACGCGAGAUCCUCUCGGAAGGAGGUGCGUCUCCAGCUCGCGUUCCCUCUCCUGCGAGAGCGCCGCCGCCCGAGCCCGGCCGCCCUGCCCGCCGCACGCGCGUCCUCCCGACCCGGGGGAAGUCGGGCCGCGCGUGGUGCAGUGUGGGGAUGCAGUAAGCUUUGCUUUCCCGUUUCACUUCCAACAGAAUCUUCCUUCUUUUAAAUUUUCGCCACUUUAAUUAAAGUUUUCAGUUUCUACUGGUGGUUUUGCUUUCCAGACAGCUUCCGUGCCUGGCUGCCCCGCCGGUCUCCGGCGGCGGCGGCGGCGGGCGGGUGUCUGUUCCAGACUCGGAGCCCAGCGCUGCCCUCCGUGGGGUGACGCGGGCGCGCGCGCUUCUCUGUGCAGCGUCUCAGCGGAGGUGGCUUCGCGGUGUUCACGCAGCCCGGCACGCGCACGGUCAAACGCAGUCAGCGCGGUGGACCCCGCCGGGAAGGAGUGACCCGGCGUCAGGCCGGCUGGUAACACACCCGUCCGCGCCCGCCGCCCGCUCCUCGGGGCUGUGGGCGGUGCGCGACGCGGGCCUCGCCGCCUCCGGUCGAAACCAGAGGGACCUCCGUCACUCAGCAGGCCACCGGCUGUCGCCGCCCACUGCCAGGCCCUUCACCGCCGCUCCGGGCUUGCGGCGGCUGCUCUGCGCCAAGUGGCACCCGCGCCCCCGCGCCCCGGAGCCGCCCCCGUGCCCCGGAGCCGCCGCCGGGUCGGCUCCGGGGCGUCUGCGUCGCUGGGGUCUGGGUACAAGAUGGAAACAGUGUUUCUUACCUCCAGUUUUGAUUGUCAGCAAGUUGAAUGGACACUUUAGUUACUGUUUGAAUAAAGGUUUUUGACCAAAUCCAGAACAUGAUACGAGAGAGAGAAAUUCCAGCUCCUUUCCUAGAUCUUUAAAUGCCGGUCUGGUUCGGCCUCUCAGAGAGUGCUGGCUGGCCGGCGACGUUUACCUUUGAUUCCUUGUUAAAAUAAGGCAAUAAUUUGCAAGGUUUUUGUACAUACGUGUAAAUUCUUCCUAUCUUUUUAGAUCUCACUAUUUUCUGACUGCUUCUGCCGCGUACGAGGCCAUGUCCGUGCAUGCUCGAUGUGACGUGUGUGAACUGCCACUAUGACUUCACCCAUGUAAAGUAGCUAUUUAUUGAGUUGCCUUUUGAAAGUUGGGUUUACUGUUUUUCCGCCUCUCCAUUUAAGCGUCUUAACACAGAAUUUGUUACUGUUUAUUAGAAGAAUUGCGUUUGAGAGCACGAAAACGACCGGUUUGUAGUCAUGUGAAGAAAUAAUGAUGCCUUUGUUAUCAAGUGUUAAGCACAAUUCUUAUAACAAACUGUGAUAAAUUCUUUUUGGGUUUUGUUGUUUUUUGUUGUUGGUUUUUUUUUGUUUUGUUUUGUUUUUGCUGCAUUAUUUUCACACGAACAAACCAAAAAUCCACGAAGAGCAGUUGCAGCGUCGGCCGGCGCGUCUUCAGUGCGCAGAGCCACGGAGGGGCCGCGGGCGCGGCCGGUGCUGGGACCGUAGCAAUACUCCGCCCGCCCUGCGGGCGGCGCUGUCUCCCCAAGCGGGCUUCCCCCACGUCCGGGCUUCCUCUUGUCAUGGUCAGCUGCUGGGUUUACUUGAAGGAUGUACAAUACUCUCUAAACAAUACUAAAGUGGACACAAUUAGGUCAAAGCAUCGUGCAGUUGUUUCCUUUUAACUUGUGAAAUUGAGGGGCGUAAAUACUCGAGAACGUCCGCUCGGACGGAGCACGGUGAUGCCAUCAAUUUAACCAAAGUCUCUAGCGAGUCUUUCAGCUUUGAAUGUAAACUGAUGAAGAAACCUGACCGACCACCAAGGAGACUGUUUGCCCAGAGUUUCAAAGCACAUUGUCUGCAAGUGGGAAUCGAGAUAAUUUACGAGAAUAUUGACAUGACUAUGUUUUUUAAAAAGUUCUUAAUUUUUUUCACGGAAAGGAGGAAACUUAGUUUUACUGCUAAAUGUGGUAGAUACUAAAAUUCUUAGAUGAAAACAGUGAUUCCAGUGGUCCCAGUGGGAACGAGCGCCCUGAGUGUGAGACUAAUCAGCGACAAUCAGAACAAGCUUCAGUGUCAGGUGUUCAAGAGGAAGCUGCUCUUGCCGCGUUGGUUUUAAUAUUUGUACAUACACACCGAUGUUUUUGAGCAUUACUUUGUAUUUGUUGUACUUUAAUACCUGUACAGCGCCAGAAAUAAAAACCUGGGGGUCUUU